AGGAGUUGGUUUGCUUAGGCUGAUUAGCAACGAACAGAAGGUUGUGAGUUUAAAAUUUUGAUUAUUUCACCUCCGGAGUGGAUUUUGCCGUCACCAAAACGGUCGUUGGAGGUGGCGAUGGUGAGCUGAUAGCUGCGUCAUCAUGUUGCUUCCGACUCGAGUUGGCAGAAAGAAAUCUCAAGUUAACGCCACCCGCAGUGAUUCGGCUCCGAAGGCCACUCCCGACCACCUGAGGGGCAAAGUUCCGUCCUAUCUAUCAGGGUAUACAAGACAAGUCACGAUGGCCGUGAAGGCGACGACGUGCUCCCCAAAGCCGUGGUCGGGUGUCGCCGACGAAAGGACCUGGUCGCCGAACUUUGAGUGGAUCGACGGGCUUCUCUACCGAAAGAAGCUGGAGAGGGGCUUCCUCAACUACCGAGAGGUUUUGGACGAGGAUCGCAGACUGGAGGCAGUCGCCACAUUUCACCGGCGACCCCCCGGCAAGCGUCACCUCUCCCUGGAGGAGACGUACAAAUGCGUGGCCGACAACUACUGGUGGGAGGGGAUGUACUUCCACAUCAGAGACUUUGUCCUGGACUGUCCCGAAUGUCAAAGCCAGCGACGCAAGAAGACAGAGGAGCUGGGCGGCCAACGAUGUGUCACGAAGACGGUGGCGUCGCACAGCUCUGACAUGCUCAGCAAGCUGAGGAGUCAGCGGGAGGCGGGGAUGUUUUGCGACAUCACUGUGCGCACUAACGGGCAGUCCUACGCCGCGCACAGAGCCGUGCUGGCAGCCGUCAGCGACCACUUCCAGGAAAUUUUUACAGAGAUGGACUCCAGUAUAAAGGCAGACAUAGAUCUCACUGGCUUCAGCGAGGACAGCCUCUUGUCUCUGCUGGACUUCUCCUACUCCUCCACCCUGUGUGUGCGCUGGGAGGACCUCCCUGAAGUUAUCACCAUGGCCCGGCACCUUGGCAUGUGGCCUGCUGUGGAGGCCUGCUCUGCUCUCAUGAAAGAGCACCACGACAUUGUUCAUCCUAGCCGGGACUUAAAAUUGGGCUAUGGUGGCAUUUGCAGUCAGCGCCACCACCAGAAGACAGAAACCAAAAGGAAAAGGGAAUUAGAAGAAAACUUUGGCAGUUUCCACCUAACACUGGAUACAUCUGACGAAGGGAGUCCGAGUUGCAGUUUGCGAAGGACACCAAAUGUUAGCGUUUAUAACAGACUCCCUGUGAGUCCCUCACACAGGAUGAAGCUUAUGGACUUCAAAUCUCCUUCCUCCAAGAAGAGCGGAGCAUCCAAAAAUAUCAUUGGAACCCAACAGUCAAAGAAUUACUCUCCCAUAUCUCCAUCCAACACCCGUCUACUCCGGUCAAGUCCUGGUGCUGCUCAGCAGGUUCAGAGAUUGAUGCCCAAGCCAGAAAGUCCUCGACGAAACCGGAAGCCUUGCACCCCCAGAUCCAGUCCGAUUUGUAGCCCUGUCAGGGUGAAGCAGGAAGUGGAAGAGGUGAGAGUGGAUGAGGAGGACUAUGCAAGAGCCCAGGAGAAGUACAAACUGAUGUUGGUUCUCGGCCUGCAGAGGACCGCCCUUCUCCCUCGACCGGAAGAUUUAAUUGGUUGGAGGCAGAAGAAACGACUCAGGAAGCUAAAAGCCAACAAUUACUCUCUAACCAAGAGGCGGAAACCCCGCUCCGCUCCCCCAGUACUACCUUGCAGGCCUGUGACACUGUCUCUUCCCCUCUGUGACCCUGUAAAUAGUCUCCUACUCAACAAGGCGGGGAAGACCAAGUCUGGUGCUUCAGCUGUCAUUGAAGGAAUAUCAAAGAGACAUAAUCCCAACAAACAAGUCCCUCCUAGCGACAGGAGCAUGAGAAGUAAAGGUGCCUUACCGGAUAUGUUCCAACCGACAUCCCAGCCUGGCUUCAGUGGGAGAGAGCUCAGACGGUCUGUGAGAAAUGGUGGUCGCGUCCAUCCUCCUGUCCAGCAGCCGCUGCGUCGUAUCUCCAACAAAAUUCCAGUUAGGAACACAGUCAGGAUCAAAUCAGAACCAGCUGAAUACUCCGUCUCAGGGCUCUCUCUCGCAUCAAUCAAUCAACCUUCUCAGAGGAAACAGGCCAGGAGUAAUGUCACUGUCGAGGCAGUCAAGACACUGCGAUACAACAGCAGCCGUCCGGGGACAAAAGCCAAGCCCAAGCGGGGCAGCACAAGAGAGGAGGAGAAGCCACGGGGCAGACCCAGGAAAGUAUUGAGGGAGGAGAUGGACACUGAGGGACAAGUAAAGAGCGAACAACCCACUGGUGGGUUCCAAUUCUCUGAGCACUCUCCUCCCCCAGCCAUCUACAACCACCCUCUGUACAAAGUCAUCAAAGAGGAACCUGCGGAUCCUGUGCCAGUUGGCGGCCCUUUUUUGGAUCCUCCCUCUCCGGACCUGGGUAAGCGCCAGAGCAAGCCCCCCAUCAAACUGCUGGACUCUGGCUUUUUGUUCAGCUUCUGUCGGCCGUCCGGGGCACCCAUCGUGGGGAUAAAGAAAGAGGAAGAGAGCGUGGAUAUCUGUUUGACACGUUCUGUGUCCCAAGUCGGUGAGAAAUUUGGAAUGGUUCAAUCCAACCACAGGGCACUGAGAGCCAGAGGACCACUGCCCACCUUGCCAGUGGUGAAGAGGGAGAGGGAAAAGAGGACUGUGAGCCAGAGGAGGGUCCAGAGACUCAGGGCCAACUCACGGGAAAACUCUAGUCUGGCCAGAUCCAGAGGGGCAAAGGCCACACAAGUCAUACCAAAGCAAGAGCCUUCCGCCGUCCCAGUGAGCAGCAGGGGCUGCGUCGUGUUGGACUCCGUUCGCCGAGCAAGGCUAAAGCAGCUGCGGGGCCCACGCAGCCAGGCCCCGAAAGCCCCGAAGGCGGCGCACUCCUGCAUGCAAUGCUCCACCUCCUACCGGGACUGCGACGCUCUCAUCAUGCAUCGCCUGCGGCACAUUGAGGGCAAGCACUGGCCGUGUCUGCUUUGCAGUAAGACGUUCUUUCGACUGAGGAAUGUACGGAACCACAUCCGCACCCAUGACCCCAAGUUGUACAAAUGCAGGAGCUGCAUUGCCGCUGGCUCCUGAGGGCCAGUUUGUCGGUCACAGUGUCUGCAGAACAAAGGUUUAGUACUAUUUUGAUGUGGGAUACCAGAGUUCUCCAAACCUUGGCAAUUCAACCUCUGAAGUUUUAUGUGAGUAUUUUUCAUGACAAUUUUGGGUGAAUUUCUGAAUUUCUUGCUCCGUUGAAGGUUUUCGUUCGAGACCAUGUCUGUGUUUGUCGUAAACUGAGGACUCCCUGUACAUAUACAGUAUCAUAAACAUUUGGAUUACGUUGUGGUCCUCUACAACCGAGUGGAAUAACAUCUUUUUUUUCUUCUUCUCCCACCUAGAGUCUGACAUGAGCAAGCGACAAGGAAGUCACAUGUGCAACCAGGAGCUUUUACAUAAAGGAGCCAUCACACUCAAGCACAAACGGGGUCUGUAAGGACAAGCGAUUGCUCUUUUGAUUCUAAUAUAUUCAUAGUGGAAUUAAAAAAAAAAGAAGCUAACAAAACACGGGCACCGUGUGUCCGUUUUCCCCUAAAAACGUCAAAACUUGAACAUUACACUCAGGGGGCGGGGGAACAUGAUGCUGUCGCGCAAAUGUCGAUCCCACGUCGUCAUCAUCGUUAUGGUUGUGUAUAAAAAUGUAAAACAUGAUUGUUUUAACUGGUCUACGGCUGUGUAGUGUCAUCAAUCCUAUAUGUAUAGUUGAAUUUGGAGUGCACUUAUAUCUUUAGCCUAUGUGGUAAACCUAAGAGCUGGUGGUGAAUUUGAAGGUGCGGAGGGAAUACUUGAAGCCCAGGGUGGGAAUACUUGAAGUGUUUUUUUGGGGUUGUUGUCGAGGCGGUCCUUUUGGGUGUUUCAGUGUCCGUUUUGGUGUGCUUAACUCCGUAAUAACUUCACUCGCCGCCACCCUUCUUUCUGAUCUGCUUGUCUCACUUGUUCAUAAUCCGUACGUAGAGGGGAUGGGGGAGGGUGCGCGACUGUUAUGACAACACUGCAUGUGCAUCUGCAGUACGGACAUGAGUUUUUGCAACGUGACUGCUUCAUGAUGGCAGUCUGAUCAAUCCCAUCCUCUACCUUAAUCCAAGCCCUUUUCCCCUCCUACUGAAUAAAUGCAAUGUGUGCACAUAAAGAGAUGUUUAUGGUUCACAAAUUGAUUUUCAAAAAUUUUACUAUCUGUUGAAAGACUGAAUACAUUUUUGACUUUUCUAUUGUUAUACUUGCUUUAAUUACCUUUUUUUUUUUUUUUUUUUGCUUUUUGCUAUUGUCUCGACUUCACGUGUUGAGCCAGCAUGACAAAUGAUAUGAUAUUUAACAGAAAUACAAGAGUAUUUAUAUAAAAUGCUGGGAUCUUAUAACACGUUAUUUUAUUGGAAGUAAAUGAUUGUGAUUUUAAUUGAAAUUGACAUGAUUUUAAAUGCAUUCCUGUGGUUGGGAACGGUUACGUGUUUGUUCUGGGGAUGUUCUAAUUUGAUCAAUAAAUCUGAGUAUAACAUCAGUGAGUGUCUCAA